AGCUCCCGGAAGCGGCUGGCAACGGGCUGCGCCGAGGGCCAGAAAGCAUCGGGCGCGGGCGGGGGUGCGCGGCGGGGCUGAGGGGCCGCAAUGGAGGACGACGCGCCGGUGAUUUACGGGCUGGAGUUCCAGGCACGAGCCUUAACACCUCAAACAGCAGAAACAGAUGCAAUAAGAUUUUUGGUUGGAACCCAGUCUCUUAGAUAUGAUAAUCAGAUUCACAUAAUCGAUUUUGAUGAUGAAAAUAACAUUAUAAACAAAAAUGUUCUCCUUCAUCAAGUGGGUGAAAUUUGGCACAUUAGUACCAGUCCUGCAGAUAAAGGUGUACUAGCAACCUGCUACAAUAAAACUUCAGACACUAAAGUCAUGACAUGUGCUGCUGUUUGGAGGAUGCCGAAGGAAUUGGAAUCAGGCAGUCAUGAAUCCCCUGAUGAUUCAUCAAGCAACACUCAAACCCUGGAGCUACUCUGUCACCUUGACAACACAGCCCAUGGCAAUAUGGCCUGUGUUAUGUGGGAACCAAUGGGAGAUGGUAAAAAGAUUAUUUCACUGGCUGAUAACAACAUAUUAUUCUGGGAUUUGCAGGAAAGUUCAGCCACAGCUGUGCUCUCUAGUUCUGCAGCCUUGGAAGGGAAAGGACAAUUAAAAUUUACUUCUGGAAGAUGGAGUCCACACCACAAUUGUACACAGAUUGCGACAGCCAACGAUACCACUGUUCGAGGAUGGGAUACACGAAGCAUGAGACAGAUAUAUUGCAUAGAAAAUGCACAUGGACAGCUGGUACGAGACUUGGACUUUAAUCCCAAUAAACAGUACUACCUGGCUAGCUGUGGAGAUGACUGCAAGGUGAAAUUCUGGGACACAAGGAAUGUCACUGAACCAGUGAAGACACUAGAGGAGCAUUCCCACUGGGUCUGGAAUGUCAGAUACAAUCAUUCUCACGAUCAGCUGAUCCUUACAGGAAGCAGUGAUAGCAGAGUUAUCCUGUCUAAUAUGGUAUCAAUUUCUUCUGAACCAUUUGGACAUAUGGUAGAUGAUGAUGAACUCAGUGACCAAGAGGACCAGCAUCAAGAAGAGAAGAUUAAAGAGCCCCUUCAGGACAGUGUAAUAGCUACCUAUGAAGAACAUGAAGAUAGCGUAUAUGCAGUUGAAUGGUCCUCAGCAGACCCGUGGCUAUUUGCCUCUUUAAGUUAUGAUGGGAGACUUGUUAUUAACAGGGUUCCCAGAGCUCUUAAAUAUCACAUACUGUUAUAAUUUGUUUGGAUUAUGAUGGAGUUGUUAUCUUGAUGUACACAACCGGUAGGUAUUGUUUAGGGGUUUUUCAGGAUCUAUUUUUAUUAAGUAUAGAUGUUAAAAUUUUGUUAAGAAUGUCUGUACUAAUAUAGACACUUCUAAUUUGUUUUUUGUAUUUGCCUUGGGGAAACUAUGGUGCAUUGUCUGAAGGCUGUGCUACGUAGAUGAUUUUUUUUUUUGAGAGGUUAAUCACUUUGUGAACUAUAAAGUUUCUGGAGAUACUGGGUUCUUUUCCUACUAUUGCUUUAUUACAUCAGCUUUAUGCAAAUAUAAUGAAUUACAGAAAUGUUAUUAUGCUGAUACAGGACUGGGACAAUGUAGGGUGCAUGUAGCAGAAGUGAUCUACUUGUUUACAAUAAUUAUAUUUUAUAUUUCUUAUAUAAACAGGAUUCUGCUCUUAACUAGGGCUACAUUCUGUUAACUGUUCUGGCCACAAAUACAGUUAGGAAUGGUCUUAAAAGGCUUUCUUAACACAGUGUAAUAAUCUUCCAUGUUUGCAUGUCUUCAGAAGAAAUGUUUUUUGUGAUAGUGAAACCUUUUAGAAUAUAUUUUUCAUUUAAGCCUUAUGGUAGUAUCAACAAAGUACCAUCCUGUAAUUUAUGAACUAAAUGCAAUUCUCAGUUAUGUCUUGUUACUGGAAACUAAGUUUGUCUUUACCAAAGUCUGUUAUAUACUCAUGUAAUAUGUUAUCCUAUAUUUAUAGAUUUAGUUGUGCUGUGAGGGGUUCUGGAGCUAUGCCUUUGUUACCCUGAAAAAUCUCUUUAAUAUUUGCCUACUUAGACUUUCUUUUUGAUCCUUCUGGCUCUGUGCCAAUCUGCAAUAUGCUGACAUGAUGUAGCAGGCUUGCAACUAAGCACAAAAUAUCCUUUGCUAUAUCCUACUCUUUGCAAUAUGUGACCGAGACAUUGGUCACUGUCUUGUUACAAAUGCUGAGAACAGACAGAUGCUGCACUGUAGGAGAUCACGCAGGAAAUUUGAAAUGUAGAUGGAAGGCACAGUGAAACACGCCUGUACAUACUGACACCCCCCCUCCCCUGGCAUAGCUUGCACUCAGAUGGAAAUUCUGCUGCUUGCUCUUUGUGUACCCAGCCUAACUGCAGCACUAAUUAUUCCAUGUUGCCUUUUCACCACCAUUACUUUCCUUUGACUUCAGAACCUGGGUAUGUGCAAUGGUGUUGGUUGCGGUACCAUUGUGUAAGACCACUCUGAAAAAAAUGGCAAUGAACAUGGGAUGGAAAGAUCAAUACCAACCUCUUACAGUGAUUCCUUCUGUUGCUAUGGCAACUGUUGGUGUUAGUGUUGAGGGACAGCCUGCUGCUCACCUCUGUUUGUCCUUACCCACUCCUGGAUCGAAACAUGUCCAAAUGUGAUUUGUUGUGUAUACACAGCUGCUUCAGUGAGAUCACGCUUCGAGAGUAUGACUGACUGGUAUAGUCCAAAACAGCCAGAAAAGAUGACUGUUGAAUUCUAUUUCUGGCUUUCUUAAAGAACUUACUUGGAAGAAUUCAUAGGAGUGAAGUAAUCCAAUUAAAUCAUUUGCAUUAUUGUUUGUAUUUGUGUUAUGAUGUUACCUGUUUGCUCCAGAAUUAAUGCUUCAUUGGAAAUUCUGAUGGUCUGAUUUUCUGUGUUAAGAUUUUAAACUUGAUCUAUUUUGAAUUGUUCCAAUACGUAAUUAGGCAUGAGCUAUUCACUUGUAUACUGUAAGAAAAACUACAUUUCCAAAUUGAUAUUGCUUCAGUUGUCUGAAUAUCGAAAUCCUUGGUUGGAGUGCUUUAUAUGCAGAGCUUUUAAUCUUCAGACACAAAGCCUUGUUGGGUGUCGUGUCUGUCCCACCUGUGCACCACCCUCUCCACGCCACCCACCCCAGGAAAAAAAACAUAUACCUCUGCAGUACACCUUUGGUAUGCAGGGAAAUUCUUUAAAAAUUUUCUUCACAUUAGCAAUAAAGAUCUAUUGAAACUUUAUUGUCUAGCAAUGUAUAUGGCUUGCAGUGUGAAGGUGACAGGGAAAUGGCAUAACCCUGUGUGGGGUUUGACUAGAUUUUUAACAUGUAAUAAAUGCAGGAUAGAUUUCAGA